AUGAAUGAAAAUGAUAUACAAAACAUUCCACAUGAUAAUAAUCAAUCACUUGAUGAAGAGAAAAAGCUUCAAGAUGAAAUUCAUAAUAAUAUUAACUUAUUAUAUAAUAAAUUACAAAAAAAAUAUACGGAUUUAACAAACAAAAACUUGGAUCAACAUCAAACAAUUGUUAAAUUGAAAAAUGAAAACGAGGAAAUUAAAGAUAUUAAUCAAAAAAAUCAAAGUAAAAUCGAGUCGCAAGAACAAAUAAUUAAUCAAUUAAGACAAUCUUUAGUAUUGAAAGAAGAUCAAAUACAUAAGUUAGAAAAAGAUAAAGGUGAAUUAAGUACUAAAAAUGAUAAUUUACUUCAAAAAAAUACCAAUUUGGAGAAUCAAUUAAAAAAUGUUGUUCAACAAAAGGUUUUAUUAGAUAAUGAUAUCAGUGACCUUAAUGAUAUUAAUCAAAAACAACAGCAAAGAAUUGAUCGUUCACAACAAUCUUUAGAAUUGGUAAAAGCUCAAUUAGAAGAUCUUACUAAACAAAAUGCUAUAUUAGAAGACGAAGCGUCAAGUUAUCAAACUGCUCUCGGUGUAGCUACAAAUUUUCAACUAGGAGAUGAUGAUCAAAAUUAUGCUGUGAAUUUAAAUGGAGAUAUUUUAGAAUUAAACGACAAUAUAAAGAAAUAUGUAACAAAUUUAAAGCAAGAUAUUGCUGUUAAUAUGGAAGAAGUUAAAAAACUUUUAUUACAUUAUAACUGUCCAACUAGAAUCCAGAGUCAAAAAGUAGAUCGACUACUUAUUCAAGCAGUUUUACAUCGGCACGUCAUGGAAAAAAUUUUCGAAUAUGCAAGUCAAUAUUUUCAAAGCACAGGAAAACAUUAUCAUCUUGAAUCGGACAUUACUAAAAAUGAAUCCACAUUAUCCUUAUUAUUAAUUGAUGCCUCCAAAUGUCGUUCUGGAAAUGAUGAAGUAACGCGCGUUGGACCAUCGAAAUUACGUCAACAAAUCUAUUCGGUCCUUAGCAAUCGCGGAUUUGCCGAUAUUAUUGGAGUAGGCAAUACUCUUCAUGAACACCCUUUCAUUGCUUACCAUAAAGAAAAAUUAAACAAAAUUAUGAAUGAACUACGUGUGAUCAAUAUUAAUCAAAAGAAAAUCACUUCUGAAAAUUUGGCAGCGACUAUCAUUCGUAAAGUUGUAAAGAUAUUUUGGUUUAGAUUGAAAGUUCAGGAACCUGUUGUACAAUAUCGUUGGAUUCAGAAUAAUACAUUAGUGGAUAAAACAUUAAUGGAAGUAGCUAAUUUGUAUGAUAAAGAUGAAGUUGUAAAUUCAUAUGUUGAUUUAUGUUUCUUCCCUUUAAUUGGAAGAGAUAUUGAUUCAGAUAAUGAAAUCAGCGACCUUAAUGAAAUUAAUCAAAAACAACGGCAAAGAAUUGAUUGUUCACAACGAUCUUUAGAUUUAGUAAAAGAUCAAAUACAAAAUUUAGAAAAAGAAAAAGAAGAAUUAGAAGCUAAAAAUAAUAACUUAGUUCAAAGAAAUACCAAUUUAGAAAUCAAUUUGAUCUUGCUAAGCAAAAUGCUUUAUUUGAAGAUGAAGUAUCGAAUUAUCAAUCUGCUCUCGGUGUGA